AUGGUGACGGCUCCGCCUCUCAUUCAAACUACAAGUACAAGCUUUUCCAAUGCGCACAGAUCUUUACAAGCUACCGCAAACCCUUCUUUUGGUAUUUCACUGGCCAUAGACCCUUUCAUUGUGGACAGGCUAAUUCUUGAUCGGUACCAAAACAACUUUAUCAAACUAUGGAAUCAGGUCGUCACACAGUGGAGUGUUUCUAAUAAACCAAUAGAAUCUGAAAAAGACUCUUUAAAAUAUCUACGAAUUGCUUUUAAACCCCCCUUUUCAUCUCAAGAUCUUCAUAUUAUUCAAGAGUUAGCAGAGUCCCUAGCACUUACCUUAUCAAUGAGUAUUGAGCUAGAUUAUCAAUGCAAUUCUGGUAACUUGUUAAAAGUUAAUGAUCUUUUAAAUUUACCUAAUUGUACUGAAAAAAACAUUACUCAUCCGCAUAUACAGCUCAGCACUUAUGAUAGCGCUGCUUUAGGUUUGCAAACAGAUUUCCAAAACUUGCCAAAUAUUCAUGGAAGUAGUAACAGAAGCCCUAAUAUCAAUCAAAUACGAAAUAGAUAUAACACAGUUAAGCAAUAUGCAAAAAUUCCCAUUUCAAGGUCUGAUACAGGUCUUUCUGGGUUGCAAUUACCAUCACGUUCAGCAUCACCUUCUCAAUUUUACAGUCUUUAUUCUAAUAAGAGUGAUCACACAUUGCACAAAGUAACUGCGAUCCAAACGGCAUUGGAAGAUAACAAAGCGCCAACAUACCCAGAAGCGCGUGACCCUUUAAGACGUAUUAACACACCAAAACUAAAGCUUUCGUCCGGACCUUCCAGCCCUAUUUUAAAACGGCAGCCUUCUCCACAAUCUUUAGAAAAACUUGGCUGGACCAUUUUGCUCUGCACAUGGAUUGUGGUCAUUGGAGGCAUUGGGAGUAUGUUUGGCAUAUGGAAAUCUUUUUUAGGAUAUGAUUCGUCUGCAGUCCGAUACUCCCUUUCUUACGAAAAGAAAACCGGCUAUCCCAUAUCGGAGUAUUAUGCCUGUCUUUUUUUCAUGACAUUUAUUGUUUCAUGGGUUUGGUGUGUCAUAUCUUGGAUGGGAAUGAAAUUUUAUAGGCAUACAAAAGGUGGAAUAACUACAGCAAAGAGUGAAUAA